GAAUUUUGAGGAGUUUUUACUUUUUAUUUAUCGUCUUCUUCGUAUAGCUUUAACCCCAAAUCGAAAUAACCUAACCCCUCCUCAAUUCGCCGUACUACCACCGUCGGCCACUAUGAAAAGGAAGAGAGCCUCUCUCAGACAAUUAGCUGCUUCUCUAAAAACAACUAUGGAGUCCACUCAGUCAAAAACAAAAAUAACAAUGGAAUCCAGUAACGCGAAAAAAAGAAGAAAAUCGAUAAGUUCUGGUUCAUAUUUACCAGAUGAGUGUUGGGAAUGUGUCUUCAAAUUCCUCAAAGACGAUAAUCACUACUUGAAAUCUCUCUCACUCGUCUCCAAACAGUUUCUCUCCAUCACCAACACUCUUCGAUUCUCUCUUACAAUCUGUGAUCAAACUCUCCCUUUUCUUCCUACUCUCUUUCAUAGAUUUACCAAUCUCACCUCCCUCAAUCUCUCGCGCUUCUAUGGUAACCUCAACAAACUUCUUUGUCAAAUCUCUCAUUUUCCAUUGAAACUCACAUCACUCAAACUCUCAGACCAAAGCGUCAUCCCCGCAUUUGGGUUUCGAGCUUUUUCCAAAAAGAUUACAACUUUGACCUCUCUCACUUGUUACGAAAUGCAUUAUAUCAAUAGCAGCGAUCUUUUACUUAUCUCUGACUGUUUCCCUUUGUUGGAAGUUCUCGAUCUCAGAUACCCCACACAAUGCAAUUAUGAUGAGCUAGAGGAGCUUGCACUUUUUAAACUCCGUAAGGUUAAUCUCUCUGGUCAUUAUCAUGUUGACAAAUUAAUUUUCCAGUUGUUCAAAAAUUGUAAGUUUCUUGAAGAGGCCAUCUUGUUGACAUGUUUUGAUACAACCUUUGAUGGUCUUGCUUCUGCUCUCCGCCAGAGACCAACAUUGAGGUCUUUAUCAUUUUCCAAUACUUUUGGACCUGUAGACCAGACAUAUGAAUCAACUUACAUUACUUCACAUUUCAGAUCCACCUUGGCGAGUUUCAAGUAUUUAACUUCUCUUGAUUUAUUGUCUUCCAAUAUCUCAGAUGUGUUUCUCAUCUCUAUUGCAAUCCAAGGUCUACCUUUGACUAGGCUUGUUCUCCAAAAUUGCACCGGUUAUAGUUAUUCUGGAAUUAUUUGUUUACUGUCCAAGUGUCAACAUUUAAAACAUUUGGAUCUUGAAAAUGCUGUUUUUCUCAAAGAUGAACAUGUUGUGGAGAUGUCUUCGUUUCUUGGUGAUUUGGUAUCUAUAAACUUGGCUAGUUGCCCGAUGGUCACGGUAUCAGCCUUCUUUGUACUUCUUAGGAAUUGUCCUUCACUUGGUGAUAUCAAUAUGGAAGACACAGGUAUUGGGAAAGAGAGUCUAGAGAGUUCUAGAUCUUUGAUGAAUUUUGUUGCAUACCCUCAAUUAAAGUAUCUUCGAUUGGCUCACAAUCCGUGGUUAUUUGAUGAAGACAUCACAAUGUUCGCUUCCAUUUUCCCCAAUUUGCAGCUGCUUGAUUUGAGCAAUUGUUGUCGCAUAUUUGAAGAAGGUAUUGUUCAAGUUUUAAGGAUGUGUUGUAACAUUAGACAUUUGAACUUAUCCAAGUGUUCCAUAGUGAGACUAGAAAUAGACUUUGAAGUUCCCAAACUGGAGGUGUUGAACUUGUCAUAUACAAAAGUUGAUGAUGAAGCACUUUAUAUGAUCUCAAAGAGUUGUUGUGGACUUUUGAAAUUGUCACUUCAAGAUUGUAAUGAUGUCACAAAGAAGGGAGUGAAGCAUGUGGUAGAAAACUGUACGCAAUUGAGAAAGAUUAGUUUGAAUGGUUGUUUUAAAGUACAUGCUAAUGUUGUUUCUUUGAUGGUAUUUUCAAGACCGUCGUUGAGACGGAUAAGAGCUCCUCCAGCUCCUAUGGGUGCCUUUAGUGGAAGAAAGGUGAAUUACUUCUUGCGUCAUGGAUGCCUUGUUCGCUAGCAUUCUUGAAGUCUUCUGCUGAAGUUUGAGCUCUGAAAUCACUUGAGUCAAGUCCUUCAAAUCCUCUUGGAUAACAAGUUGGUUGCAAACCGAAAGAAAUGAUAUUUUGCCUGCUUGGUGGAAUCUUUGGGGCACAUCAUUUCUCAUGGAGUGGCUAUGGAUCCGGCUAAAAUCAAAUGUGCUCUACAAUAGCCGGUACCAAAGAAUGUAAAUGGAGUAAGUGGUUUUCUUGGCCAUCCGGCUAUUAUAGGAAGUUUAUGAAAGGUUAUAGCAAGUUAGCCAAGACUUUAACAGACCUCACAAAAAGGAAAUUUAAGUGGGGAGCUCAAGAGCAAGUAACAACUGCCAGAGUUUAACAAGACUUCACUGUCUGUACUAGUCAAUUCUCCUUUAACAGGCCUGGCUUUGCGUAUCUUCGGAGCUCUGUUUUAUGAGGACAGAUUGGUGCUGGCUGCAAAUUCUAAUAAGUGGAUCCCGAAACUGUUGUUGGAAUUUCAUUCAUCUCUACAUGGUGGUCACUCGGGGUUUUAUUGCACAUAUCAGCGGGUUGCGUCUAAUCUGUUUUGGUUUGGCAUAAAGAAACAUGUCCAAUAGUUUGUUCAGGCAUAUGAUAUAUGUCAAAGGCAUAAAUAUGUGGCUGUUGCACCCAGAGGACUUUCGCAACUACUUCCGGUUCCGUCUCAAAUCUAGGAGGAUGUGUCAAUGGAUUUCAUCACCAGAUUGCCAAAGGCAUAGGGCUAUGAGGCAGUGAUGGCGGUGGUGGAUAGACUUUCCAAGUAUGCACACUUUGUGCCUCUGAAGCAUCCUUAUACGGCCAAAUCGAACAGGACAAUGCCAUUUGAGGCCGUGUAUGGUAGAGUUGCUCCCCUUUUGAUUAGACUUCUUCCCUGAGAGACUAAAGUUUAGGCUGUGACAAGUGAUUUUCUUAACAGGGAUGAGUGUUUGCGUCAAGCAUCACAUGAAUCAUGCUUGAACGCAUAUGAAAAGCCAAGCUGACCAUCAUAGGACUGACCGGGAGUUUGCUGUUGGAGAAUGGGUGUUUUUGAAAGUCUGACCACAUGUGCAGUAGAGUGUGGAGGUCCAAAUUACUCAUACCUACCUUAUUGUUUUAUCUAAAGCCUUGGAAAAGAAUAGUUUCAACACAUUCCCUUUUUGAACUGUUCAAACAUUUAGAGUGAUUGAUUCGAGACACAAUAUUAAAGUCUUGAUAUAAUAAUGUGAUUUACUAAUUGUUUUAAAAUCCUAUGAGUCUAUCCUUUUAAAAUAUGGAUCAUAACAAAUUCAAGGUCAA